AAAAAUCAGUUCUACUAUAUUUAUACAUUUUCGGAUGAAAGUUAUUUAAGAUCUACUGCAUGUUAUCAUAGAAAUGUAAAAAAUAAUAUAUUUUCAUUUUCGCUGACACCUGAAAAAGAACCUAUUACAUGCUUAUCGAUUACGUACAUAUUGACCACUGCAAAUGAAAGAAAAUAUGAACUCAUUAUUACGGACCAACUUUUUAAUACAAAAAUUAUUUCAGCCGAAUUAGAAAAAGGAGACGAUGUAAAGACAUUAAGAUUAAAUAAUAUCUUCUUAUUGAAAACAAGAGAAUAUAAUAUUUCAUUACAAUUAUCAACUGAAUAUAUGGAUUGCAGCCAUUACAAAGAUACAAAUUUUAAACUCAUAAAGAUUUCACAGUGUUUAAAAAGCAAAAAAGAAGUCAUUCCUCUACAAGAUAGAAAUGCUUUGCCGCAUCCUUAUUCAAUAAAUGUCCUAGGAGUCGGUCCUCAUCUACUAAUAUUUGAAGGCCAGCAAGUUACAAAAGAUACAAGUGAUUGUCUUCACGGUGGAUACAAGUUAUAUCCAUUAUCGAGGUGUAUUUGUCCUCCUGGCUUUACAGGACCAAUUUGUGAAACAGGAUGUGGACCAAAUUCAUAUGGAGCUGAUUGUAAAGGAAUUUGCUCCUUACAUGAUAGAAUGUGUCGUGGUAUGUUAAUGUGUACGACUUAUGGAUGUACGUGUCCAGUGGGACUAACUGGCCCAUGGUGCAACCAAGAUUGUGAAUCGGGAAAAUAUGGUGCUGAUUGUAAUCAAACUUGUUCUUCGAAUUGUUAUAACAAUUCAUGUGACCCGUAUACAGGUAUCUGCUCUCGUGGAUGUGUUCCCGGAUACGUUUUUCCACGUUGUCUUGAAAAAUAUCCAUACCUCAUAAAUCCGCCUGAACUAAUUUCAAGCCAAUACGAGUCAUUAGAAAUUAAAUUGAAUUUAAAUUCAACAAAUAUAAAAGGUGGAGACAACAACAUAGAGCCGAAAUAUUAUCAAUUACUGUAUAAGGCAAUUGGAAGGAACUGCGAGUACCGUAUGUGGUAAUGAAAAUGGAGCAUACAAAAAGGCAAACAUUUCCGAAGAUGUGCAGUUGGUUAGAAAGUUGCUUGAAGGACACCAAGAUGCCCUAUCCGGAAGCACGUGAAUGAUUAGGGAACCUUAAUACGCGAUUCUUCGCAAAAAUGAUUCAUUUCAUCCCUAUUAAUUUACGCUCGUCUUUAAUUAUUUUAGUAAUUACAUAACUUUCAAUAAUAUUCUAAAAAAUUACAUUUUAAAUAAACUGUCUGACUUUACCAAAUCUUUAAUAAUAAAAAAAACCGUUUUUAAUCAUAGUUUCACAUUCUGAACUACCAUAUUGAAAUAUAGUCAAAAUCAUAGGGUACACUCUUAUACUGUAACGGUCACACAUUAUUUAUUUGUUCUGCUGAUACUUGGGAACGUGCAUAAUAGAAACGUAGUAAGAUGACUCUAGUCGAUAUUAUUCAAUCCUUAUUUUUUGUAAAACUGUAAAAUUAUAUAUAUUAAAAAAAAAUUUUAUGUAAACUCUUUCUAUAUAACUGGGAAAUUAUGAUAUUAUUACUACAGCUGUUUAAAAUAUUUGACAUACAUUAUUAUACA